UCCCUGCGUCUCGGUGGCGACUUUCUCCCGCGCCGGCACGAACCGAGGUUUGGCGUGGCGGCGGCGGCGGCGGCACCGGCGGACACCGGCAUCAGCGGCUGCGUCUCUUGUCCCUUGAACGCGAGCGGCGGGCGGCGGCUUCUCGUCCGUGUCCUGAAGCCCGAGGGCAGAGCGGCGCGAUGACGGACCGGUACACCAUCCACAGCCAGCUGGAGCAUCUGCAGUCCAAGUACAUCGGCACGGGCCACGCCGACACCACCAAGUGGGAAUGGCUGGUGAACCAGCACCGCGACUCCUACUGCUCCUACAUGGGCCACUUCGAUCUCCUCAACUACUUCGCCAUCGCCGAGAACGAGAGCAAGGCCCGCGUGCGCUUCAACCUGAUGGAGAAAAUGCUGCAGCCCAGCGGGCCGCCCGCGGACAAGCCCGAGGAGAACUGAGGCCAGCGCUGCCCAGUCCUCCCCCCAUGGUGCCGCCUGGGGACCGAGCCUCCUCGCUCGUGCCAUCGCUCGACCGUUCCGUGUUGGCCGGGUCGCCUGACCUGCUGCGGACCUGUGGAGGAUCCCGAACAAGCCAUCGAGAGACUGUCCCGGUCCCCUCCCUGGGGAACCGGGCAGAAGGGGCGAUCCCAGAAUCGGCGGCAAGCGAGGGAGAAGACCGCACGAGAGGGAUGACGCAUUUCGAGUCUUGCUUUUCGAGAGUUGAUGUCUUCUUGCCUUUUUUUUUUUUAAACCAUAUAUAUAUAAAGUUUAGAAUUUGCUCUUA